AUGACGCGUCUACCGGUUACGCCAGCUACGGUCCCUACGGAUACUGUUAUCCCCUUUCGCUUCUUCGACGAUACACCACUAUGGACAGCAUUUAUUCUGUAUUCUAUGUUUGUAUUUGACGAUGUGUUGGACUGUGGAAAGCUCCGAGGUAGCCUUGAGAGUUUAGCUAUGCGCGAUGGCUGGAGCAGACUCGGAGCCCGUCUACGCAAGAAUGCUCAAGGACAUCUUGAAUAUCAUGUCCCGGCUGAGUUCACAAAGCAGCGCCGAGCUCUCACAUACACCCAUACAACCCAUGAUAUGAAUGCUGCAGAUCACCCGAUUGCGUCAAAAAUUCCCACUCCGAGCUCAAAGCCAGCCGUCGUAUGCGACCCUGACGAUUUCCGAGAAUUAUUUCGCCCCGAAGGCGGCCCAGUCAGCCUAGAAGACUAUCUGAACCGAGACAUUCCUCAACUGGGUCUUCACAUCGUUUCCUUCCGGGACAAGACAUUAGUUGCCAUAUACUGGCCCCAUACUCUUAUGGAUGCCCUAGGCAAAAGGGCCUUGCUAGACGCGUGGACCUUGAUGCUCCAAGGUCGAGAGGACGAGAUAAUCUCUCCCCAAGGCGGCGACGGCGAUCCGUUGGCAGAGCUGGGCAAAAGUCCCACAGAGCCUCACAAGCUGGCGUCUCAGCGUUUGUCCAUGUUCGGACUGGGCUACUAUGGGAUCAGCAAUGCCCUCGACUUCUUUCGCGCGCAAGAGCAUCGCAUGGUUUGUGUUCCUGGAUCUUUCGUGGAGAAGCUUCGCAAGGAGGCAAUGAGUGAGCUCGCGUCCGAAGCUGCUGAAAACACUUUCCUGACUGAAGGCGAUGUUCUCUGCGCCUGGUGGACUAAAAUGGCUACCUCACAUCUGCCAUCGAAUAGUCAGAGGACGGUUUCGAUCAACAACGCAUUCUCUCUAAGAAAGUCACUGGAGACAGAUCUGCUCCCCAAGGGAGCUCCAUAUGUGUCCAACGCCAUCGGCUUCAUCAACGUGCUGCUACCUGUACAGUCCAUAUUCGAGAAGCCACUGAGCUACAUUGCCGCCGCUACUCGAAGCGCAAUUCAAGAACUCGGUUCCCGUUCCCAGGUUGAGGCCUUUGCCGCUCUGUGGCGAGAAUCCGGUGCCAGAAUCCCACCUUUCUUCGGCAACGGCAGCAUGUACAUGAUCACAUACUCAAACUGGUGCAAGGCAAAGCUUUUUGAUGUGGACCUUUCUGCAGCCGUUGUUAAGCCAGGCAGGGAGGGUGGGAGAUCAGGUACACCGACCUAUAUACAAAAUAACCAGUUCGGUUUGGUGCUGCCGAAUGGCUUUCCGAUCAUUGGCCAGGACAAGGAUGGGAAUUUUUGGCUUUCGGGAUACAUGAAUAAGGGGCUUUGGGGGCGGAUAGAAGAACAGCUUGCGCAGAUUUAG